UGUCCACAUCAUGGCGGGAUGCAUGAAUAUGACAAGCGGUUGCCUCGUAACCGGUGUUAAACUACUGGUUUUCAUCGCACUGGUCCUCUGGUUACCGCAAAAAUCACUCCAGGAUGCGGAAAACAAAAGUCCAGUAAUGGAUCUGCAGGAUGGAAAGGAGUAUGUUCUGUCAGGUUCCAACCGCUUCUGUUAUAAAAACAACAUUGUGCCAACCUGGAGGCAAACAUGGACGAGAACUCAGGUCAAAGUGUGGAGUUCAAACGUGUUCAAGGUGAUAAUAGUGGAAGGUGAGGAGGAACUGCAGGAACUGGAGCGCUUCAGUGUGUGGGGCUGGUUUCGGAGCUUGUUACACGAGAGGCACAAUGAAUCCACAAUUAACAUCAACCUUUUCAGCAAGAGGACGUGCUUCAGGAUUGAUCCGAGUGCAAACAGCCAGUAUACUAUCAAGUCCAUUCGCAAGUUUGAUAUCUAUCUGUUUUUGGUUUUCCUCUCCGGGGCAUUGUUGUUGGUCUUUGCAGACUCACUCAGCAGGAGUCAGCUUUUCUUCUACUCUGCUGGUAUGAGCACAGGCAUGAUCGCCUCUCUCAUCAUUGUCGUCUUCAUCUUGGCACGUUUUUUACCAAAGAAAAGCCCCUUUUAUUUGUUAAUUGCUGGUGGCUGGUCAUUCUCUCUGUACACCAUCCAGCUCGUUUGCCGGAACCUCAAGAUAAUUCUGCAAGAACACUGGAACUUGGCAUUAGGUUAUGUUGUAGUGGUGGGAUUUGUCAGUUUUGCCGUGUGCUAUCGCUACGGUCCUCUGGUGGACGAGAAGAACAUUAACAUCUUGUCGUGGACACUGCAGCUGUUCGGCCUCCUCCUCAUUUACUUAGGAAUUCAAAUUUGGCAAGUUGCCGUUGCUAUCAUGUUGGCAGCUUUGCUGUCCAAAAACCUGGAGUACCCAGUUUCUUUGGCCGUCAUUAUAUGGAGGAAAAUGAGACGGAUUGUUCACUGGAAGCCACAGCCGCGUCGUCUGUUAACUGAGGAGGAGUAUCAGAGGCAGGCAGAGGAAGAGACUCGACGUGCACUGGAGGAGCUGAGGAAGUUUUGUAACAGCCCAGAGUUCAGCCCAUGGAAAGCAGUGUCGAGGCUUCAGUCCCCAAAAAGGUUUGCCGAUUUUGUUGAAGGGUCGCUUCACUUGAUGCCAAACGAGGUGUCUGUCCAUGCACAGGAAUAUGGCUUCGGUGGAUCGUUUUUUGAGGAUGAAUUCUUUGACACCGAUGACGACGAUGAAGAAGAAGAAGAUUUGAAGCCUCUGAAGAAACUGGAGUGAGAGAGAGUGUAUAGUGUUGGACGUGGUUGAACACAGGAACUAUACUUGAUGCCUGUCAGAAAGGUAGACAGGUAACGGCUCUCCUCAGCUUCUGUGCGAACAGUCCAGGCAGACCUCAAGUGAUUGACUGUGGAGAGAAGUUUUAAAAACACAAACCUUGGGUUGUUGCUUAAGUCACGGGAGCUCACACUGCCAUGGCAUUGAAAACAAAACAACAACCAAAAACUCAGUGACAAGCCCGGGCAGAUCUGUGUGAUCAUAAUCAUCAACCUAGAAAAAAUAUUGUACAGAAUUUCCAUUCAUGCCACAUCUCUCCUGUUUUAGAGGACAAAGGUCUAUGGAAAAAUUGAGUUUAUGAACUCAAAGCUUUUUGGAUGUCAAAGCAUUUUGUGUUUCAUGGUCGUCUUGACUUGUGUGGUCUUUAAUCAUAGAUUAGAAACAGUUUUAUUUAAAACCACAGUGGCUGCCUACAACAAGUAUCCGAAUAACAUGUAUGUGUGGUGUUUUUUCAGUCCUCUGAACAGCAGUGUGAUAACACUGGUGGUUGUUAUUUCAGCUUAAUUAUUCAGGGAUAAAGGUUUGUGUUUAGUGUUUUUCAAUUAAUUUUAAUGGCAAUUAAUCAGCAGAGUUGUCUCUCACUAUUUUGAAUAAAAAUGUAUAUUUGA